AGAGGCAUUGGUUGGGGCUGUUGUCGGUACAAUCAGUGGCCGUUUGAUUUAGUUAGAUUCUGAGGGCCAAACAGUUUAGACAGUUGCGCUAAAAUGGCAGAUCAGGAUACAAAAUUACCAACCUGGUUGAGGGCAGAAAUAUUUGAGGACUUACUGAAGCAGCAGGUGAAGGGUUAUACGAGCACCAAAGCAUUACGGGCCAGUGCAGGCGUCCCUCCCGGCGAUAACUAUGCCACAAUAAUGUUGCGUGUCGAACUGGAUGUGGAAACUGAAGAUAAAUCAAAUCUUAUCAAAGCUUAUAUGCUGAAAAUCCCACAUCAAUCGGAACGGUAUCGGGAAAUGAUGAAGAAGACAAACAUUUUUGAUAUAGAGCAAGGGAUGUAUACGCAUGUAGUGCCCGAGUUGGAGCAAUUAUAUAAAGAUGUGGGACUAUCUGUGAAGUUUGGGGCCAGCACCUAUGAAAUUCCCGCGGGAGAGGACUACGUUUUAUUGGAGGACUUGCGGCCCAAGGGUUUUAAGAACGCCAAUAGGCUUGAUGGUCUGGAUACUGUGCAUACGAAAUGUGUGCUACGAAAGUUGGCCCAAUGGCAUGCAGCCGCGGCAGUACGUGUGGAUGCAAAAGGACCCUAUGAAGAGAAGUACAGGAAAGGAUUCUUCAAUGACGACAAUCGUGAAGUAUUGGUCGAUAUGAAUGGCAAUAAUAUGAAGUCGUUUUUGAAACACAUUAAGGAAUAUAAGGGACUCGAGAGCUAUGUUGAAGAUUUCCAACAAAUAUCCCAGAAAAUGGUGGAUGUAAUAAGUAAAAUGAGCGAGCCGGAUCCGAAUGAGUUCAAUACCUUGAACCAUGGCGAUUGUUGGUCCAAUAACAUCAUGUUUCAAUACAAUGAGAGCGGUGACAUACAGGAGACUUACUUCGUGGACUUGCAAAUACCAAAAUAUGGCACCGUUGCCCAGGAUCUUUUCUACUUUUUGCUUACAUCAACGAAUUUGGAUAUUAAGCUAUCGAAAUUCGAGUAUUUCAUUCAGUUCUAUCACGCUGCGUUGAUAGAGCAUCUGAAAUUGUUGAACUACAAGCGGAACCUACCAACGCUCAAAGGCAUACAUCAAGCGCUCGUUAAAUACGGCAGUUGGGGAUUCUUUUCAGUGGUCAACAUUAUGGGCGUGGUGCUGCUCGAUCCUAAUGAGAACGCUUCGUUCGAUAGUUUCUUUGAAGAAGGUGAGGAAAACAGCUUCAAGAAAUCUGUAUUUACUAAUCAAAGAUAUCGCCGGCACAUGGAGGCCAUAGUGCCUUGGCUCCAGAAUAGAGGUGCAUUGGAGUAGUCCAUGUUGAGUUUAUGGAAUAGCUGUAUGAAUUUGUUAAAUAAAAUAUAAUAUAUAUGGUGGUAAAACAAA